UGUGUUCUGUGGUUUUAACUUUUAUCUACUUCUGUCAAAAAGUGAUUGAUUUUUGCUUCUGAUUUUAAAUUUAAAUUGUUGAGAUUGAGGUUUUAAACAAUUUCCAAAUAAUAAUAAUAAGUGCCAAUUGCAAUUCAUUACCCAGACUUUCAGUCGUUAAUUGUACUCUUAACAGCCAAGGGUGGAGUAGACUCUGCUAUGCUAUGCUAUGAUAUGGAUAUUGAUGAGAAAACACAAAUCUCUUUGAGGGACAGUGCUCCAAACCAGAAAUGCCACAAAAGGUGUGAAAUCUCACAUAUCAAGACUGAAGAUGUGAAAAUUUUAGAAGAAAUCAUCGAUGACUGUGGAAUACUUGAUGAAGAAACAUUUGAAGUUAAAGAAGAACUUUCCUCCAAAAAUUCUGAAGUUGAAAAGACAAAUAUCUGUUUGGAUAGUUCUGAAAAAACUAUUGAUAAGGAUGAAGAACAACUCCGCUUAGAUUCUGAAUACCUUGUAACUCCGAAAUCCGAUUUUCAAAAUCAUAAAAAUAGUCAAUUUUGUGAUUAUGCUUCCCCUAAAAAAUGUGAAACCGAAAAACGUAAACGUUCAAUUCAUUUGAUCUCGAAGCAGCAAACAUGUCACUGGUGCGACUAUGUAGCAGAUAAGAAAUCUACUUUGAAGCUUCAUAUCGAAUCUGUUCAUUUGAAUUUGAAGGUGCAUCAGUGUCACUUGUGUGAUUAUGCUGUAAAUCGAAAAUUUGAUCUCAAAAAUCAUAUAGAUUGUGUACAUUUGAAAUUGAAGCAACAUAAAUGUCACCUGUGUGACUAUGCUGCAGAUAUAAAAUCUUCUUUGAAAUUUCACAUAGAUUCUGUUCAUUUGAAUUUGAGGGUGCGUAAGUGUCACAUAUGUGAUUUCACUGCAUAUCGAAAUUUUGAUCUCAAAAUGCAUAUAGAUUCUGUUCAUUUGGGUUUGAAGCCGCAUAAAUGUCAUCUAUGCGAUUAUGCUGCAAAUAAAACAUCUACUUUGAAGUUUCAUAUAAAUUCUGUACAUUUGAAGUUGAAGCCGCAUAAAUGUCACAUGUGUGAUUAUGCUUCAACUAGAAAAUUUAAAUUGAAAGUUCAUAUGGAUUCUGCACAUUUGAAUUUGAAGUAGCAGUAGCAUGAAAGUCACUUGUAUGAGUGAGUGAUCGAGCGAAAUCUCCAGUGGACGAUCUAUGACUACAUGACCUAAGUCAAUCACUAUAUAUCCAAAUAUACUGCAAGCCAAAUAAAAUAUAUAGUAUAGAAGAUACUGCAAGUAGUUAAUACAUAAUUUUAAUAAAAUUCAUUACAACUGGUUAGUGUCCAUUAUUUGUUUAAGUCGAUCAAGCGUAAUGAAAACACUCAAUUUCUGACAAUUUUAUCAUGAUUUAUUCAACCAACUGUGCAAUAUGUCUUUGUAUGAUGUUUAAAAAUAUAUAACUCCUUUUUACUAUA